AUGAGAUAUGUUUUCGGUCACAACAAGGACCCAGAAAAGCUUCUGCGCACAGGAAACUAUAGUCUUUUGGGUGGUAUCAUGUUGCUUCAGUUUGCGGUCAAGCUCCUUUUGAAAAUCCAGAACGCUACAAGCCAAGACGAUCUGCAAGAGGAAGAUGUAGCAACGCCUCUGGGCGUUUUCACAGAGGUAAAACAGCUUGAAAGCGUGCAGACCUCCAUAGACUCGGAUCAGAAACUUGCACUGCGUCUCAACAUUGAUCUACUGGACCCAAAGCAACUUCCUUAUCUUCCCGAGUCGUCCCGUGGCUGCAUGUUGUGUCUUUCUCCUAUGGUUAAUCCUGCUGCCGCAAACUGUGGCCACAUUUUCUGCUGGUCUUGUAUAGUUGAUUGGAUCAGAGACCAUCCUGAGUGUCCUCUUUGUCGACAGGUUUGUCUUGAGCAGAACUUAUUGCCUCUAUGCUGA